AAUCAUCGUGGAAGACGAUUUUAGCUCAUGUUUUGUGGCUUCCCAAAAUUCUGAAAAGGUGUAACCUGCUAGAUAACUCAAAAUUUUUUAAAGAAUGUAUCAAGUUUUAUCAGUUUCAGUGAGGCAGACACGCUAACUUAUAAGUGCAAGUUCAUCAGUAUGCCGUUUGCCAGGAAACUUAACGUACAAAUUACAAAACACCUGAUUUUGCAAUUUGCAUUCGAUAAAAAAUUAUCCGUUAGCACUGUAUGAUGGCUAUGCCGGUCAGCCUUUGAAGAAUUUCGGGCCUACGACGUGUAAGAAGAAAUUAACUGCCUACCUGAAAGAAAAGGAAAUUACAAGAAUAUCUCCGCCUGAUCCAUUUUUGGUUGCCACAUCCGGUGGCUUAUCCGGCUCCGUGCCAUCUGUUCGUCGCGCCAGUCCUUCUAAGUCCCCCAGCAAACAUCGCGAAAAGCCGAAGAAUGCAGGCGUCAAAAGCGGAAAAUCUCCGACAAAGCGUGCCAAUCGUAAACGCAAAUCCGAUCAGAUGGAGCAGGACGAGAGCGCCGACACCGUGGGUGACUUACCACCUCCCCGGCCGAAAAAGGCCAGAGCGCCGAAAUCCAAAUCAUCGGACACCAUCACCCUCUCGUCCCUCUCCAGUGUUCCCUCCACCAGUUCGGGAAGCGAUAUUCGGCCGGUGUCAUCCAGCUCCGUGGUUGCGAUGAGCACGGCGCGGAUGGUGACCACCACGGUUAGAAGCCAACCGAUCUUGACGAUCGGGGGCGGCGGUGGAUGUGUGGUUAGGACGUUUUCCUCUUCCAGUGUGGAAAGUAUUCAACAAGUGGGAAAGCAGCGCUCCGCCAGCAGUGUGCAGGACCGCAGUGUGGAGGAGGAACGUUUUGCGCUCACUCCGGGAACGUUCGAUGUGAUGUUGUGCGUGGAUAAUCAGGAGAUACAUGGAAAUGGGUGUGUGCGAUCAAAAACAGAUGUGAUUCUGGAGCUGAAAAAGCACGGCGUCGCUUUCGAUGUGCGCAACUUGAAAGUAGGCGACUUCCUUUGGGUUGCCCGCGAGAAAUCGCACCUAGCAGUGGGAAGAAAGCCCCGUGAACUGGUUCUGGAUUUUAUUGCGGAACGGAAGCGUGGUGAUGAUCUGGCAGUUAGUAUCAAGGAUGGACGCUACACCGACCAGAAGUAUCGAAUGAAAGAAACCACCAUCAAACGCGUUAUCUAUAUCAUCGAGGACUGUAGCCGUUUUAUGAACAAAGGGUUAUCGGAUCAGGCGCUUAUCCAAGCGCUCGCUAACAUCAAAGUUCAGGAUGGAUUUGUUGUGAAAGAGACGGAAAAUCUGAGAGCAACCGUGGAGUAUUUACUACGAAUGACGCGAUAUCUGGAACGAAUCUAUUCGGUUAAGACGCUUCGAAGUACAACUUUCGCCGAGCGAUGGGAGAACGCUGUUGAUCUGGAUCUAAGCAGUGCUCAACAAGAGCUCCUAAGCUUUGCUGGAUUUUCUUCUGUAGCGAAACCGAAUCAGGCUAAGACAGUGUCCCAAACGUUUCUCAUGCAAUUAUUGGCAUUGGAUGGAAUGUCGCCAGCUAAAGCUUCUGCUGUCGUUUCCGUUUAUCCCACCAUCAGAGCAUUAAUUGCUGCAUACGACGCUUGUUUGACGCAGGACCAAAAAGAGACGAUGUUGAAAGAUGUCAAAUUUGGACUAGGAAUGAGAACGAUUGGACUUAUAUUGAGCAAAAAGGUAUGCCGACUGUAUUGCACGGAAGAAAGUUUCCGGAUCUGAGAAACCGAUUUGUGUCAAGACUGUCCAAAAAUUUUUGCGUUAUCUGUUUUUUGAGUUUACAGUUAUGUAAAUUUCGUUAGAUGUUUUUGUGAAUUAGCGGUUUUGCCGCUUUGUGCCACGUCAUGACAGGUCUGAUAUAUAUGGCUGUGCAUGUAAACUUCUAAACGGCUUUUUUGUAUGUAAAUUUGAUCAGUAAAGUAUAUCGA